AUGCAUGCAUUCUCCCACUUUCCUAAACCACCUGUCACCAUAAGCCAUUAGACCAUUUCCUGACGCACUCUGCAUCCAAGCUUCUUAGCAUGCUGUUUCGGGAAAAUCACAGCCUUCCAGUCUUCUUCACCGUCGCGGCGACCAACUUCGUCUCCCUUUAGAUUCUCCUUUGGAGUCUACACGCAGCCUGAAUUACCUACGACCAGCAGCCGACUCGUUCCCGCUGUCUACACCAGAUAAGGAACCUCUUCGCAGCAUAUCGUAACGCCAGGAUGGAGGCAAUGAGGAGUCACUCAUCAAUGUCCGCUCCAGAUCUCUUGGAACACACACCAGAGGAAACGUCCGACCUGCCAUUCCCAAGAGAAGGCCACUCCGUCGCAUUCGUCUACGGCACUUUGAAAGAGGGUUUCAGCAACCACUGGCUGAUGCAGGAGCUGAUGCAAUCAGGCGACGCCAUCCGGAUAGGCACCGCUCGGACCGUCCAGAAUUACCCUCUUAUCUGCGGUCCGUUUCAGGUUCCGUUUCUUCUACGUCUCCCCGGCAACGGUCACCGCGUCUUCGGGGAGAUCUACGAAGUGAACGACAAAGCGGUUGCCAGGCUGGACAUUCUAGAAGGUACCGACCGCGGUCACUACGUACGGCUCCCGCUCUCCCUCUCCGACCUCGAAAUUAGGGACGACUAUCAAAUGGACGGAAAGCACUGCCAUUUGCGGGAGGAGAUUAACUACGACGUGAAGUUCACCGCUAUUGCGUACUUCGCAGGGAUGGAUCACACGCCGGGAUUGGCCAUGGGGGAACCGAUUGAGUCGUUCGACGCUCGUGCAGCGGCGACUUACGUUCCGAGACGAGAGAGGCCGGCGAAUAAGACGUUUUUGGAGCAUGUCCACGCGUGGAUUCAGGAGCGGCGGUCAUUGGUCGAGGCGACAGAAGAGGCGUACCGCUGGGCUCUACCUGUUCAAUAAUCGGGCGGGCUCAAUGUAUAGGUCGUUGAUACAUUCUUUAUACUUGAUUUGCUUGUUUAAUGCUCAGUUCCUCCUAAAUUGCUGAGUGUUCUUCGCCUUGUCCUCCAUCUAAUAUAUUUCAGAUCCUUCUAGGAGUCGUGAAGCUAUCAUAGUUGUGCAGAAACCCCCCUUAGCGUCGUGAAGCAAUAAAAAAACGCACGCCUUAAAUGUGGUAGAUGCUUCUUGCACGAAAGCCACAUACUAAGAUUCCCGUGAGUUUCGCGAGCUUUUUACUAGCACAAGGGACGAACGGUGAAACACUGUGUGGGCAGAUUUCAACCGAUAUGUGUGACGUUAGUGACUACUUUUACCGUAUUCCCCCGGAUAUACGCCCCUAGGUGCUUAUAGGGAUUAUAGUCAAAAUUUUGGGGGUGCGUUUAAUUG